UGGAACCAGACAGAUUUCAACUCCACUUUGUCUCUACUGAUGAGAGACUAUGGCACCUUCCCAUUCUUUAGUGUUUAUGUGGGCAAGGAUCCUAACGACACUCAAGGAGACAAGCGAUACAUWCAGAUUGAUCAGCCGGAUUUUCAGAUACCUACUGAAUGGAGCAGCAAGACUCAGAAGUCCAAAGCUAACACGCAGAUCCUGCGUCUGUUCCUGGCCUCGUAUCAGAGGUUGCUGGGCCUGUUGGGCUCUCCCUCCAGCAGCACCAGUCUCCAUAUAGGCCUGUUCAUUUCUCUGUCCUCUGAACUGGCUGUAGCUGCCUCUCCUCUGCCGCAUCGCCUGCAGCAGGGGCUACUGUACCAGCGCAUCACCAUCAAAGAGCUACAGACCCUGGCCCCUGCCAUUGAUUGGCUGGGCUGUCUACAGACCACCUUCCAUCCCCACCCUGUUAGCCAAUCGGAUCACGUCCUCCUGCACAACCUCCCUUACAUAGUCCAYAUGUCCCGCAUCAUCGGCAAAUGGCUGAACAAGCAUGAAUUGAGUGGCAGUGGCCCUCUUCACACCUUCAUGAUCCUCAGUCUCCUCCACACUGUCAUACCCGCGCUGGACUCCAGGUUCACUCAGACAGAGAGGAAUUUCUCCUUAGCUCUGGGGACUACAGAGGAGGAUGUCCCUCGCUGGAGGCAGUGUGUUCUGCAGACUGAGAAAGGGUUUGACACGGUACUAACACACCUACUGAGAGAGACUACCGCAUACACAGAGGCAGAGGAGCUGAUUCAGAAUGUCUAUUCCUCCAUCAAGUCCAAACUACCUGAUCUCAGGUGGAGAGAUGAGGAGUCUCGCAUGUCUGUUUUGAAUAAGAUUCAGUCUCUAACUCCAAGACUUUCAACUAAAAACAACAUUUUCAGUGAAGCUGAACUCARCCAACUGUAUUCAAAGGUGACAAUUGACAAACACAAGUAUUUCUCCAACUACAUCCAGUCUCUCUCCCUCCAGCGCCAGGGAUCAAACAAACUCUUUUCCCAGACUGAAGGAGAUGAUAUUUGGUCAAUCACUCCAUUUCUCUCCGGCAAUGAGCUAGUCUUUCCCAUGGGGAUGUUUGUCCAGCCUCUCUUCCAUCCUACAUAUCCCAGGGCCAUCAACUUUGGGGUUUUGGGGUCUUUGAUGGCCAAAGAUAUUCUCCAUCUCCUUCUACCCAACAUCCAUUCUCAGAGUGUGUCUCCCAGGUCCAUAGCAGAGUGUGUGCGGUACCAGUACCUGAGUAUGACAGAGGGACCAGGGAGAGAGGGGGCGUUCUCGCUGUCACCGGCACAGCAGCAGGAGAUGUGGGUGCAGUACUCUGCUCUGCAGAUUGCACUACAGGCUUACAAUCAGAGUUUGAAGAAGUAUCCUGGUGACUCCUCUCUCUCAGGCCUCUCUCACACUCAUCUGUUCCUUACGUCAUUCACUCAGAUCAACUGCGACUCUGACCCGUACCAUGAGUUCAUGCCCUUUGAACCUUCCUUUCUGGUUACUGUCAUCUGUGGGUACUCUGACCUCUGCCCUAAGACCCUCUCCUGCCCCAACAAACCCCAGCAGCACCUCUUAGGGACAUGCUGACCUACAGAUCUACAGUAACAUCUCCUACUGAACAAAAAAUGCAGAGCCAUUGAUGAACACACAAGACUGUGAUUUUAACAGAUCGGUGUCCCCACGCGGGACGGUUGAGCUAAAGUAAGCUAAUGUGAUUAGCAUGAGGUUGUAAGUAACAACAACAAAGGAAUCCCAGGACAUARACAUAUCUGAUAUGGGCAGAAAGCUUAAAUUCUUGUUAAUCUAACUGUCCUGUCCAAUUUACAGUAGCUAUUACAGUG